CUCACUCUCUCUCUCUCUCUCGCACUUCGUCGAACGCACAGCUUUGCGUCGAGAAAAAUGGCGUCGUCGUCCUCCUCCUCCUCCUCCAAUGCGUCGAGCGAAGUCUCCAACAAGCUUCAGCUCAUCAAGCAGCUCCUGCUCGGCGAGUCCUCUCCGGUCGCGACCGCUUACCCCGGCGGCUUCCUCAGUUGCGCCGAGGCUUAUUGGGCCGAUGGAGCUGGCAAGGAACCUGAGCUCGGGUACUCGCGAUCGGACUCCGUUCGCACCCAGAACUCGAGCUCCCACUCGACCAUCGCUGUCUCGGAGCUGGAUUGCUUCCCCGACUCCGAUAUCUUCAACUUUGAUAUGAGUUCGGUUCCGAUUCACAACCCCGCCGACCUCUUCGAGUUCGAGGCCAAGCCUCAGAUCAUCGACCUCACUGCACCGGAGUCGUUUUCGAGCUUCUCCUCGAACCGGGACUCGAGCGGCUUCUUUGAGUUCGAAUCGAAGCCUUUGGUUUCGACCGCCAGCAGCUCGCUGCAGGGCGGCUCGAGCCAAGCGAGCCGGAAGCCAUCGCUGAAGAUCUCGCUCCCCAACAAGGUGGAGUGGCUCCAGUUCGGCAAUGGGGACCGGGCGCCGUCAGCGGAGGUCGAGGCGCCCGCGCUGGAGGAGGACCACCGCCACUACAGGGGAGUCCGCCAGAGACCGUGGGGGAAGUAUGCGGCGGAGAUCCGGGACCCGAACCGGAAGGGCUCGCGCGUCUGGCUCGGCACCUACGACACCGCCAUCGAGGCGGCGAGGGCGUACGACAGAGCCGCCUUCAGGCUCCGCGGCUCCAAGGCGAUCCUCAACUUCCCGCUCGAAGCCGGCAAGUCCGAGCCCAUGGCUUCGAGGGAUCACAAGAAGCGGCGCCGCGAGGAGGAGGCCGAAGCCGUGGCUAAGAGAGAGAAGUUGGCGGCGCCACAAUCCGGCGGGUACCGCGCGGAGGCGCCGUCGAACUGGACUUCGUUCUUGGAGGGAGAAGUGAAGGGGAUGUUCAACGUCCCCCCGCUGUCGCCGUUGUCCCCGCACCCGCCGCUGGGGUUCCCGCAGCUGACCGUUAUUUGAGGAAUUCUAAUUCAAUUCCUGCCCCUCGCUUUUAUUUUGCAAAUUUUUAGGAAGCGUAAUAUUUGUGCAUAGGUUGAAAAGAAUGGAAGAGAUUUGUUCAAAGGAUUGCCAAAUAAAAUUAUCUAUUUGAUGUA